AUGUUCAAACCAAAGCAAACAUUCCGAUCGAUGAUGAUCAACAGGACCUCAUCUUGGAAAUCCUAUACAGAGAUAUUGAACACGAAUAUUAUUAGCAAACGGUAUAUUUCUACUCAAACGACUUCUCAAUUGAUUCGUCAUUUCAAAAAGCAUCAUCAACAUCGAGGCUUUAUUGUUUUUAGUAAUUCUACAACGGACAGCCCCGAUCAAGAACCUUACAAGUUGAGCCAUCCAUGUAUGGAGCCAGUAUUGGAGUACAUUUCAUCACAGCAACAAACAGCUAUGUCUUCUGUCGGAAAGGUUGAAAAAGGCACUGGAAAUAUGGAAGCCUUGUUUUUGGAAGUUUCUCCCGUGACUCAGAGUUUAUUGGGAUGCUUUAUUCAUAAUACAAAACGUGGAUUGGCUUUAGGAAGUAUUGAUUUGUGGCAUUACCCACAUGCUUCUGAAUUUGUGAAUGCAGGACUAGUACAAAGUGCUAAUGCAGCCAGAAGAAUGGCACUCACGAAUCAAUAUUGGGGUGGAGGAAAAGCAAUUAUUCAAACCAAUCCAGAUUUUACGUUAAAUUACUCAAAUCCAGAGGUGAGAAGAACGAUCAUGAAUGAGCUUGGAAGCUUUAUUUCAUCACUUAGAGGAGUUGUGUAUGUGGAUGGAGGUUUUGGAAUUAACUCUCAUGACAUGGUUCAUGUUUUUGAAAGAACUCGUUUUACAACCUUUACACCAAAAUUGUCCAUGAAUGGAAACUUGACAGCUCAGAGUCAGGCCAAGACCACCAUUGCAGCUUUGGAAGGUGCAAUGAGCCUGAGAACAGGUUCUGAAGACUUGAGUGACUGUAUUGUGGCACUACAAGGAAUCAAACACAAUUUUGAAACUUGUAAAUUGCUAUUGCAAAAGAAGGUUGGAAAAAUCAUCUUGACAGACACAGAUCCGAUCGUUAUCAAGAAUGCAAAAUCUAUAUUCAAUAGAGAAAUUAUUGAUGGCAGGGUUGAGGUGCGUCUUGUUUUCGAAGAUCAAGAUUCCAUUCUCCAUUUAGACAAUGUAGAUAUGUUAGUUCCCUCCUCUGGAAUCAAAUUGAAUGCGCAAAAUAUUUCAGAUAUUAAGGCCUCAAUCAUUUGUGGAGUGUCAUUGAGUCAAUUCGAAUCGAUUGACCUCGAAAAAAAUUUGAGAAAGGACCAAGAUGUCAUCAUCAUCCCCUCUCUCGUGAUUGAAAGCUCGUCUUCCAUUGUUAGAGGUAAUGAAGUGUAUGGUUUUAUUCCUGAAAUUGAGAGUGAUCCAGAAAUUAACAAAUACUUUUCACCACAGUAUGACUUCUCAUUUUUCAACUUGGUUCGAAGAAUGAUCACUCUUUCCAAAGAGAAGGAUUUGUCGACUGAACAAUGUGCUGUAGAGAUUGCGGAUGAAAUUAUGAAACAACCACAUCCAUUCAUUCCCUCAAGAGGUUCACAAAUUAUUCAAUCGUUAAUCAAGGACGAGUGGAAUAAUGCAGAUUUUUAA